UGCAGGUCCGGAAGAAAAGGGGUUUUUUCCGUCCGGCGGUGUCGUGUAGUCCCGACAGGUGAACACAGUCUGAGCAGAAACGCCUCGAAACGAGCGGAGAUCUGUUUUAAAAAGGUUUUAAAUAAGUUUUAUUUUCGGUUUUAUUUAAUUUUUAAGGUUUAUUUGUUCGGGAAGCUUCGGGCCUGCAGGUGGGAGAGCAGCCUUCUACGGAAGCCCAGACAGACAAGAGGAGUAAAAGCUCUGGAGUUUUGGGUUUUAUUUUAAAUAAACUUGUUCCAGACUGGAGGUCUGAUGAUGGACUACAUGGAAAGUGGACCCAGAUACACCCCAAAGCUGGACAAAGAGUUUGAGCAGUCUCUGCAGUUCCUGCCGGCGUCGAACAACAAAAAGUAUGAGAAGAAAAAAAGCCCAGGCAAAAUCGGCGCCGUGAUCGGUGUGGUGGUCUUUGUCGCUGUGGUUGCUCUGAUGAUCGGACUUCUGGUCUGGCAUUUCCGCUUCCGUAAAAACGAGAUUGUGAAACGGAUGUACACCGGCUCCAUGAAGAUCACCGACCAGACGUUCGACAACGCUUAUGAGGACUCCAACUCCUCUGAGUUCAAGGCGCUGGCGCAGCAGGUGGUCACACAGCUGAAGUCCAUCUACUCCAAAGAUCCGCAGCUAAAGAAAUACUAUUUCGGUUCCGUGGUUCAGGCUUUCAGUGAGGGCAGCGUUAUCGCCUACUACCUGUCAGAGUUUCGAGCUCCUGCGGGUCAAGAGACGUCUCUUGACAAAGCUAUGGGGAACUUGGAGAAGUCUGCAGGCAAAGUGCGAUUGUCUGGAACUGGCACCAUUGAAGUUGAAGAGAUAGUGACCUCAGUUGUUGAUUCCCGCAUGUUGACGACAUCCUUUAGGAGGGAUUUGAGGUUUUCGAAACACUUGAGACCCAACAAGGUGGAUCAGAUCGAGUCCCCUGGUUUCCCCAACACACCGUAUCCCUCCAACACCGUCAUCCAGUGGCAGCUGCGAGGCGACGCGGGCCAAGUUAUCCAGCUGAAGUUUGAUUCCAUCAUUCUGGAGGAGAACUGCAAGAACGACUUUGUGAAGAUCUAUGACUCCCUGGUGGCUAUUGAGGGCCGCGUGAUGGAAGAGUUGUGUGGACACUACUCGCCCAGUGAGCCUCUGACCUUUCUGUCCUCGGGAAACGUCAUGCUGGUGACGAUGGCCACAAACGAAGAAAAGAACUUCCCGGGCUUCCGGGCCAAAGUCUCCCAAACUCUUAAAACCAGGGUGUGUGACAAGCAGCUCUCCGGGUCAGAAGGCAGCUUCUCCAGUCCAAACUUCCCAAACUUCUAUCCUCCUGACACCAAAUGUGCCUGGGAGAUCCAGGUCCCUAAUGGAAAAGUGGUGAAGGUGACCUUCAAAAAGUUCCUUUUGACCGAGCCCGGGCUGGAAAACGACAAGAAUUGUCCCAAAGACUACGUCAUGAUCAACAAUGAGAAACUGUGUGGAGAUUACGAUGAUGGGAUGCUGACCAGAACCAGCAAAACCAGCAAAAUGACGGUGACGUUUCAUUCCGAUUUCUCCUACGUCGACCGAGGUUUUGACGCAAAGUUUGAGGCCGUCGACAGCACCGACCCUUGUCCAGACGAGUUUGAGUGCAAAAAUAAGCAAUGCAUCAAGUCCAGCCUCACAUGUGACGGCUGGAACGACUGUGGAGACUCGAGCGACGAGCUGAACUGCAAGUGUAACUCAAAAAGUAUCAGCUGCAACAACGGAAUGUGCAAGCCGGAGUUCUGGAAAUGUGACGGCAUCGAUGACUGUGGGGACGGAACCGAUGAGCUGAACUGUGGUGGCUGUAAAUCCGAAGAGUUUACUUGCACAAACAGUAAAUGUGUGUCUGAAAAAAAACGAUGCGACGGCAGAAACGACUGUGGAGACGGGUCGGAUGAGCUCGACUGUCCAGCAGCCAUGGAGUCUUCAGUGGCCUGCACCGACCUCACGUACAAAUGCAAAAACAACAAAUGCAUCAGCAAAAAGAACCCGGAGUGCGACGAUCAGCCCGACUGCGACGACGGAUCUGACGAGGAAAACUGCGACUGCGGGCAGAGAACGUUCAAGUCUUCGCGUAUCGUGGGCGGACAGGACGCCGAGGACGGGGAGUUUCCGUGGCAGGUCAGCCUCCACAUCAAGAACGGGGGACACGUGUGCGGAGCGUCCCUCAUCAGCCCGACGUGGCUCGUCACUGCUGCCCACUGCGUGCAGGACGAAGGAAGCCUGAAAUUGUCUCAAGCCGGCACCUGGGAGGUCUACCUGGGCCUUCACAUCCAGGGGAAGAUUGGGAGUCCCGUUGUGAAGAAGCUCCUGAAACAGGUCGUCCCCCACGCGUAUUACAACGCGCACACCUACGAUUACGACAUCUGCCUGAUGGAGCUGGACAGUCCCGUCACCUUCUCCGACCACAUCAAGCCCAUCUGCUUACCGGCCCCCCAGCACGACUUUAAAGUUGGGGAUACCGUUUGGAUCACAGGAUGGGGCGCCACACGAGAAGGAGGAGUCGCUGCUAAAGUCCUGCAGAAGGCCCAGGUCCGACUCAUAAACCACACGACCUGUGACGGUUUAAUGGAAGGGCAGCUCACAUCCCGGAUGAUGUGUGCUGGAGUUCUUUCCGGAGGAGUGGACGCCUGUCAGGGCGACUCUGGCGGUCCUCUGUCCAGUCCAGAAGGCAAGCGCAUGUUCUUGGCAGGAGUGGUGAGCUGGGGCGACGGCUGCGCCCGCAGAAACAAGCCGGGCAUUUACACAACCGUCACACGGUUUCGUGGCUGGAUCAAAGAGAAGACGGGGGUCUAACUCCGGUCUCACAGCACCAAAGGAGAUGAACUGGUUUUGAAAUGAAUUUUUGCUUCUUUCGGACUUGGCUCCGACUGAGCGUCCGGCGGAUUCAUGGACUUUAACUCGCUGGAUCUACAGCGGAGGAUGCACUCGUCGCUCCAACAGCAACCGCUGCACAUAUUAGACUCGCUGUGAUUGGUUUUAGGAGGAUGGGUUGAUUUUAAAUGUUUUUAAAAUGUAAAUAAAAGUUUUAUUUUAUGCGUUUUUUUUUAAAGCGUUCUUUUGAUGGAGAACAAAUGUUAUGAUACAGAGGGGGUUUUUCUGUUUGAUUGUUACACAGAUGCUGAGCUGCGUUUUAUCUUUUUCCUCCUGUUUUUGUCUCUUUCCUACGAGUCGUGUAAAUUAAAAUCAAAACGUCAAGCGUGCGUCCUCUCGCCUCCUGUGGAUCUGCAUUGUAGAAGAAAUUCUUUGAUAAUUCACGUCAACAUCAUGGAUGCAUUUUUAUUUCCAUAUUUAUUUGCUUUUCAUGAGCUUGAAACAAAAUGCUACCAACAAUCCUGCAGCUUAAUU